CACGCAGGCCCAGGGCUCCCAGGGGCUGCCAGAUGCCCGGCAGGCAUCCUGCCUCCGCACAGCCCGCCCAGGUCCCGCUCCUCCAGCCCGUGGGGGACCGCGGGAGGCUCCUUUGGGGCAGGCCACACGGGCUGCUGGGUGCUGCCCUGCACCUGGGAAGGACUCAAACCCUGCCUGGAGCGGGGACUCAGGACUGGGGGGCCAGUGCCCCUCAGAGGGGAGGCCUGUGCCGCUGGGGGGGCUGGCGGUGGGGGCGGGGCUCCUCUGGGCCUGGGGGUGAGGCUGAGUGGGGCCUGGCAGGGGCCCCAAGUGGGGACAGUGGGCACUGCAGCAGGCUUGGGCCUGAGACCCCCAGGCUGGGGAAGAGUCCCAGAGCCUCAACACAGCGUGAUAUGGGAAGCCAGUUGGCUGGGGCCUGGCGUGAAGCCCCCUCCACCAGCUCACUUCCUCUGCCCUUGGUGUAAUUUGAUUCUCAGUGGUUCCUCCCACCUCCCAGGACUGGCCCCAGAAAAACAUUCAGGAAACGAAACUACUGAGCAGGCCCGGCCCCCAGCCCCUGGUGCUCCUGCCGGUAUCCAGACCACAUCUGCGCCAGCUCUGCCUCAGGAAACAUACAUCUCAAUCCUGCUCAUCUGCAUCAGCACUAGGUUCCCUCUAAGCCAGAGAUGAUCAAGGAGGAGCACGAGGUGGCCGUGCUGGGGGUGCCCCAGAGCCAGGCGCCCAUGACGACCACGGUGAUUAAUAUCCGCAGCGAGACCUCUGUUCCCGACCACAUCGUGUGGUCCCUGUUCAACACCAUCUUCAUGAACUGGUGCUGCCUGGGCUUCGUGGCAUUCGCCUACUCUGUGAAGUCUAGGGACCGGAAGAUGGUCGGUGACAUCACUGGGGCCCAGAGCUACGCCUCCACCGCCAAGUGCCUGAACAUCUGGGCCCUGGUCCUGGGCAUCUUUCUGACCAUUGGAUCGAUCGUUCUUCUCGUUUUUGUCUACCGGGGAGCCUACCAGAUGAGUUUGGAGAUGAUGAAAAAUAGAGGAUACUAGCCGCUGUCCAUGGAGGCAGUCCAGGGCCUCCACUGUCCUUGGAUGGUUUUGCACCUGAGGCACGGGCCCGACCCUCCCCUAACACAAAUGCAGCAGUUUAUAGACCCAGAUUGUCAACCAUUGAAUCAAUAAAGUGCCCUUGUCUGUGAA